CUGAGACUUACCCUAAUCUGAGAGACAUCCUCACCCACACGCUCAGCUGCAACCAAGUAAUCAUCAUUUCCCAGAGAGGAAAAUGAGGUUUCAAAGCCCUGGUCUGGUUCUGGAUCUGGUUCUGGUACUGCUUCUGGUUCUGGUCCCUACUGAGUGUGCACGUGGAUUGAACAAUGAAGGUCCACCUCCCCACGUGAAGCCACGUUACGAGAAAUUUCAUCUACAACAUAUUUUUGGAAACAUGAAUGAACACAAAUGCAACAGUGAAAUUGCAAAACGAGAAAUCUAUGAGAUUGAUGGCAGGACCUGCAAAGAAACAAAUACCUUCAUUACUGCAAGCAGUCAAGAAGUCAGAAAAGUGUGUAAAGAUGCAGGGACACCUGAGGGAAACCUGUUUCGCAGUAAUCAGCCCUUUCCAGUUAUCACCUGUAAACUCACAAACGGUAAUAAGCAUCAGCCUACGCAGAAACCUAAUUGUGAAUACAAGGGGAUAAAGAGCACGAGGACAAUUGUAAUUGCCUGUGACGAGGGGUGGCCUGUGCACUAUGACAGAGACGUUGUAGAUCUUAACUGAGAAUAUGUGAAUAUUCCCUCUAUAUUCCA